UAAAUCAAUACGAAUUGAAAUUAAUCGAGUACCCACCCAGUCCAAACCUCAUCCAAAUUCCAAAAUGGGUUUCAUAUACUUGUUCGGUGUCCAUUUCCUUCUAGAAGAACUCAAAAUAUUUGUAUACUAAUAUAAUAGCAUAACCAGGAGUCCACUUGACGACGCCCAUAGAAAAGUUGAUCCAAAUGAUUAUCCAGAAAAAAGGGGGACCAAAAGUAAGUCUAAAUUAUGUAUGGGCCCUUCUCUAUAAAUUGAAUUGAAUACUCCCCAAACAUCAAUAUCCUUCUAGAACCUCACUUUUUCCUUUUUCUCGUAAAUCAGCUUGCAUUUCGGAAUAUCUGAGCUAAAAAGUAUGCUAAUUGCCCAUAUAGGUCAGGUCCCCUCCAUUAAAUUCAAAAUUCCUCACAUGUAUAAAAUCCAGUAAAUUACCCCUCUAGUUCGUUAUACGAUGGAGUUAAUUCCCAGUCUUCCAUAUGAUAUCGGACUCGAAUGUUUAAUUCGAGUCCCAUACAACAAUUUCUCCUCCGUUACGUCCGUUUGCCGGGACUGGAAGCUACAAAUUGAACUUCCUGAGUUUUGGAGGCGAAGAAGAACUACCGGGUUGACCCGGCCGGUAGUUUUAAUGGUCCAAGCUCGAAUUGAACCGAAGAUGAAACUCGGGUUGUUCAAGUACUCAGCUUUUCCGGUUUAUAGGCUUACGGUUUAUGAACCGGAAUCGGGUUAUUGGGCUGAAUUACCACCGGUUCCUGGAAUUUCAGAUGGGCUGCCGAUGUUUUGCCAGCUCAUCGGAGUUGGGUUGAAUUUAGUGGUGAUGGGCGGGUGGGACCCUACUACUUGGGAGCCUUCGAACUCCGUUUAUGUUUACAGCUUUGUGUCGGCCACGUGGCGACGUGCAGCUGAAAUGCCUGGUUGCCGGAGAUCGUUUUUCGGUUGCGCGUCGGAUUCUGAUCGGACGGUGUACGUCGCCGGCGGGCACGACGAGGAGAAGAACGCGCUGAAAUCGGCAAUGGCGUAUGACGUGGCAAGGGAUGAGUGGGUCCCAAUGCCUGACAUGGCAAAUGAACGCGAUGAAUGUAAGUGCACUUUCUAUAGCGGUAAAUUCCACGUCAUAGGUGGAUAUGACACGUGUAUGCAAGGCCAGUUCGGUAAAACCGCCGAGUCAUUCGACGUCUCCACGUGGCGGUGGGACCCAAUCGACGACCGCUUCUUCGAAUCCGCCACGUGUCCUAGAACCUGCGUCGAAGGUGGAGACGGGAGACUGUACAUGUGUCGGGACGGCGAUGUGCUGGCAUUCGGAAAGUCCACGUGGCAUGUCGUGGCGGCGCUUCCGGUGGAGCUUCGGCAUGUGGCUUUUGUUACAGCAUGGCGGGGUAAAAUUUUGUUGACUGGUUCAAUGGGAUUUAACGAACCGUAUAACACUUAUAUUCUUGAUUUACAGAGCUAUAAGUGGACAAAAAUGGAUACUCCGGUGAACUUCUCCGGCCACGUUCAAUCUGGCUGCUGCCUUGAGAUGUAAAAAGUUUUUUGAGUGUCAUUAGUUUGUGUGUAUUGUACAGUUAUAAAUCAGAAACGUUUUAUUAUAUAGAUUUGUUUUGUGUUGAA